AUGGCGUUCUACAAGAUGGACACUCCGAGCCAGUCGGUCUACUCUCUAAAUGCUCACAGCGACACAAGCUGGGACUCGCGACCACCAACACGCAAUGCAUAUAAUAAGGUCUAUAGCGCCGAAGAACCCACACUAUCGUAUCAAGCACUUACGGCUCUACCACACUCACCAGGCUCUUCGCCACUGCCAUCUCCAGGCUUCCCACCAGUAUCUUCACCAAAAUCACCAAGAUUCCCACCUGGCUCUUCUCUACUUUCGACCACAUCUUACCCUCCAAAGCCUGCAAAACCUAUGGGGCCUGGUCCACCUCCCGAUGGUGGACUCACAGCAUGGCUCCAAGUGCUCGGCGGCUACUUUCUCUUCUUCAACACCUGGGGUCUGAUCAAUGCUUUUGGCGUUUUUGAGACAUACUACAGCGAGAUCCUGCUUCCUGGCAAGACUCCCUCUUCGAUCGCUUGGAUCGGCACUCUUACGAGUUUUCUGUUAUGCGCUAGUCCUAUAUCAUGGGGACCCAUCUUCGACGGGCUCGACUCACCCCGGUUGCUGGUGAUCUUCGGCUCCUUCUGCGUCGUCUUCGGCAUGAUGAUGACGAGUCUGUGCUCUGAGUACUGGCAAUUGAUGCUCGCUCAAGGCAUUGUGGUUGGAAUUGGAGGUGGGUCGCUCUUCAUCACGGCUACCUCGAUCUUGCCGAGUUACUUCUCCAAAAAGCGAGCUCUGGUUAUGGGCCUUUCUGCAUCUGGAAGCUCGCUGGGUGGUAUCAUAUACCCGCUGAUCUUCAGAAAUUUACAACCAAAAGUGGGCUACGGCUGGGCUGUGCGGGUCAUGGCUUUCAUUGCCUUAGCUACUCUGGUGAUCCCGUGCGUCGUCGUCAAACCACGUAUGAAGCCUCCAGGUCGGAGAAAGAUCUUCGACACCACCAUCCUGAAAGAAAUCCCGUACGAGGUCUUUAAUCUGGCAACCUUCUUCGGCUUCGUGGGACAGUACAUUCCUUACUUCUUCAUCGAGCAAUUUGCGGGCUCCCAUGGUAUUGACAUGGCGUUCUACAUGCUCACCUUUUUGAACGUCGGCUCGAUACCUGGACGUAUCCUGCCAAGUUUGCUCGCCGACAAGUUCUUCCACCCUCUGCACGUUCUGGCCGUUUGCACUGGAGGUGCCACUCUACUUGCAUUCUGCUGGAUCGCCAUCAAGGACAGUACAUCAGGCCUGAUUGUGUGGUGCCUCCUGUACGGUUUCUGCUCUGGUGCAUUCGUGAGUCUGCAAGGAGCGGCUGUGGCGUCUAUGGCCACUGACUUGCGCACGAUUGGCACACGCUUCGGCAUCAACAUGUUCGCUGGGGCUAUUGGUAUCUUGAUUGGCUCGCCCGUGGGCGGUGCAAUAUUCCCUCGGUCGUGGCCCGGCGCACAGACAUUCUGCGGCGUAAUGCUGGCUUGCUCCACCGUGUGCAUUGUCGCCACUCACCUCGUCUACGAACGUUCCAAGCGAGCUGGCGGAACCAAGCUUGAAGGCUGA